GACGCCAGUAACAAGAAGUAUAAAAGGUGAGGGAGAAAGUUUUCUGCUCAUACCUCUAGACUUUACGGGUCACUAACCGUUGCGAGAGGCUGAAAGCAACCACACGUCUAGCGGUGCGCGUAACUGUGCCAAAUUCGGAUACUUCACAGUCGACCAACUACGUUAUCAUGAAGUCGGCAUGCCUGUUCCUCUUGGCUUUUCUCGCGAUCUGCAACCUGACAGUAUCCAGAGGACAGAGCGUCCCUGCUGAUGAUGAGACGGACCGAAGGACCAUAGAUGACAUCAUACUCCAAAGAGCAGAAAGUCUCCUGCUACGGUCCAUUAUCAGAAAGAUGCAGGAAGAAGACGGCAUAAAUGAGGGAUUUUCUACUCAGUCAGAGUGGGUGACGAAAAGACAGCACCCCGGGAAAAGAUACGGCGAGGAUUUUGAUAAGCGACAGCAUCCGGGACGCAGAGAAGAGGGUGAGGAUAAACAGCUGGAUGUUGAGAGGAGGCAACACCCGGGCAAACGCGAGGAUGAAAUGCACACCUUCGUGGAGUUCCAAAAAAGGCAGCACCCGGGAAAGCGCUCCAGGGUGGGAAACCUUUCUGAAAACCCCAUCACUUUUCUCAGCGAAGUUACUAAACGGCAACAUCCAGGGAAGCGCUACCUGAUAUUGCACAGCAAGCGCCAGCAUCCAGGAAAGCGCCACAUGGAGGAUGAGGAUGGUGAGUGGGACUGGGACGCCGAUGUGGACGGAGAUGAAGACCUGCAAGAUUUGGAAAAGCGCCAGCACCCCGGAAAACGGUUUUGGGAUAACCAGAGUCCAGAUUUAAGCUCAGACAGACCUUGUGAUGUGUUGGACUUAAGGAGUUGCAGCAAGAGCGGUCUGCAGUUGCUCGAGCUUUUAGACAACGCUGCCAGUAAUCGUGCUGAGGAGAAAAGGCAGCACCCCGGUAAAAGGUUCGCACCCGUGGAAGAUUUGGUGGAAGGAGAUCAAGAUUAGGUCUGGUGUGCGUGUACUGCGGUCAUGUUAAAAAAAAAAUAAGAUAGAUGUGUAAAUUAGGUAAAAUCCACGAAUGAUUAAACGAAAAUUAAGAAAAAAAAUCUUUUGUGCCACAGUUUUUCCUUUGUUGCAUUACAUCAGAAAACAUUUCUGCUGUUGGUUUCUUUUGAGAGCUUGUGCGUAAUUGUCCUCCAAACUGAAACAUAUGUAGUAUACGCAAAUAUAUGACAGUAAAAAGUAUGAUCAUCAUCACCAUUAUUAUUAUUAUUAAUACUGAGGAUAAAUGUUUGACUGUCUUUAGUGAUGUUUCCUCUGUGAGGCAACAUGCUUGUCAGUACAUGGAUGAAAUGUUGAGAACGAAAGUGGCGACAUCUACAUUUAACCACUUUUAGUUAUGCGUGGGUUUUUAUUUCAUUUGAUUUUAUUAUUUUCUACUUCUACAAAAUAUAAUGAAUACUACAGCAUAUAAAGUGUGUCACUCAUAAUUUAUCAUUGUGUUUAUUACAUUAAUAUAAGUUAAUAAAUGCUAAAACUCGAAGGAAAUGUUUUUUUUUUUUUUCUGUAUAAUAACAAUGCAACAUUAGCUCAUGGUUUGCCGCACACCAAAACUCUAUUAAACUGUGUAUUCAACCUAA